GAUUCACUGUAGAUCAAUCAAUCAUCACCGAAAAGAUAGAUAGAUCCGUACUAUCUACCUACGGAGUAGUGGGUACUUAUCGUUCGUUCCCCGCAUUUAUGACCUACCUACCUACUGUCCUACUUUUUAGCCCCUUGCGUUUGGGUUCUGUGAGGGAUGGUAGGGAGGAGGGAGGGGUAGAUAAGGUGGUUUCUGGGUCUUUUUCGUGGGGUUGGUUUGGUUUCUUUUUCUGGUCCCUGUGGAUUUCUUUGGUUCGGGGAAUUUAUUUGUGGCUUGUUUGCUACGGUGGUGGGGAUCGGAUCGGAAAGGGUAUGUGCUAGGUAUCUUGAAAUCGUUGAUUGCUAAGCUCACAUAUCGGGCACAACCAUUUAGGUCGUUCCAAUCUGGUAUCUUCCCAUCCAUCCUAAUUGAGACUGC